AUGGCUGAUGUGCUGUAUGAUUACCGUUGGAAAGUAAUUCUCCUAGGAGACUCAACAGUUGGAAAGUCCAAUCUCGCUAGCCAAUUCGCCCAAAGUGAAUUUCAGCCGGACUCUAAACCAACAAUUGGCGUAAAACCCGCCAACAAAAUCGUCCAAUGCAACUCCAAGACAAUCAAACUCAAUAUCUGGGACACGGCUGGCCUAGAGAAGUACCGGGCCCCGGUACGAUAUUACGACGAUGCGGUAGCUGUAAUGUUGGUCUAUGAUAUUACCAAACGCCAGAGUUUUGAGAAUGCGGCACGAUGGUUAGGCGAGGUUCGGAAGCACGGUGAGCCUGGGAUUGUUAUCAUGCUUGUGGGGAAUAAGACAGACUUGGAGGGUAGGAGAUCUGUGACAACGGAGGAGGGGAAGAAGUUUGCGGGUAAGUUGAUCUAUCUUGGCUGA